CUGCUGGGUGAGGGAGAGUAUGAGUUGUCUGUAGAGAGAGACCCAAAUAACGAUGAUGAUGUCAUCACUGUGGACCAGGACACAGGGACCGUCACCGCCCGAGGGCUAGGCAGCACCACGCUGUCCAUCACACACCCCAGUGUCCUUCCACCAUGGGACUACCUUACCUAACCACUUUAAAGUUAUUCCUGUAGUUUAGCAUUGAUGUCGUCCUGUAAGGUGUGGUUUCUGGGGUUGUGGGUAGUGUAGUACUACAGGUGUGGUUUUCCUCAGCAUUCCCUGUACCCAGGCCUACCAGAAAACUCUGCUUCCCACCUGCCUCGCUGUUCUGUGUUUGUGGUGGAGCCAAGUUACCUGAGUGAGUGAGCCCAGCUAUCAACAUGUCUGUUGUCGUACUAUGGCAAGCCAUGACUGUGUGUGUGUGUGUGUGUGUGGUGUGUGUGUGUGUGUAGCGCUAGGUGUGGAGGAGGAGGACAGGUGGGUGUUGGAGAGUGGUCGUCAGUACCAGGUGACUGUACGAGUUCACGACCAGGAGGGUCACACAGCACACCUGGCACAGAAUGUGGUGAUGACCGUGGACUUCUCUGAUUGGCUGUUCUAUGUCCUGGAGACUUCCUCUAACAGUUCCUACCAUGUACUGGAAACACAAGGGGCUGGGCACACUACUAUACGAGCUGCACUGUUCACUGUGCUCACUGAGGAUGGCCGAGCGUUGCCCCUGAUACCACCAAUCAGAGCAGAGCAAGAAGUCGAGAUCUACGAGCCCCUCACCCUGCAGCCCCGCCUACUAGUGUUUCCUUGGCAACCUGAGGGACAGCUCUAUCAGCACCACUUGCAGGUAGAGGGUGGAAGUGGUGCUGUGAGCUGGUCGGUGAGUGACAGUGAUGUUGCCGUGGUGACAAUAAAAGGGGAAGUCAUGGCGGGAAAGAGAAGGGGCCAAGUGGAUAUCCAGGCAUCAGACACACGCAACCCUCUACACACCGCUACUGGACAGGUGUACGUGUUGAGGCCAGCUGGUGUGGAUGUCCUGGCUCAGAGAGCUGACUGUAGGGUGGGAGAGACCAUCACCCUUCCACUGGCUGUCUGGGGGGUCCAGGAGGAGACGCAGGCCCAGGACCCUCCCCAGGGAAGCUCUGGCCCCCAGACCCUGCUGGAGGUGACAGACUGCUCUCUCAUCAACCUCCACGUCACCACGUCACCACAGGGGGUAUUCACCCCUCUACCAGGUUCUGUGGGUCCAGGCUCAGGGUUCUGUGGAGGACUCCAGCUGGAAGCAGUGGGACCAGGCCACACCCUCAUCACUAUCACCUUGGAAAUGGAACACUACAACAUCACUUCCAUGGCAACGCUGGCCGCCCACAGUCCCCUCAAGGUGCACACUGAGACUGAGAGAGACUGGGGGGGUUUAAUUGACUUAUUUUCCCCAGGUUGGAGGAGAGUGGUUUCUAAUGAUGCCAUUGGAGGGUUGAGCACCACACUGCUCCCAUCUGGAUACACUCUGACACAUGUACUUCUAGUUCAUACCUCCUUUUACCAUCCCGGGGUUUAAGGUAUUACCGAUGCGCGCCCGGGGGGGGGGGGUUAUGUAUGGCCUUCCUUGCGCUUACAAUGCACCACUGCCGGUUCAUGUGUUGCGCUUACAAUGCUACCUGUCUUAUGUCAGUGCCACUAUUGUGGCAGCAUUUACCUUCUCUAGGCCUACUUGUUAUUGACAUUAGGGUUUUUAUGUUCUCGUCAACACAAUGCAACACAGCAAUCUCACCUCAGUGAGGCACAUUCGUUCUAUUCUAAUUAUUCAGUUAUAUGGCUCACUUUCCCAUCAACUACAACCAUGCCUGUUGCUUGUAGCCUACCAUUUAAGCCAGGUGGACAUUGCACAACUUUCAAAAUCCUAACAUCGCUGAGCCUCUAUUAUUAAACGACUGUCUAUCCAGUCGGAUAAACACUCCAAACAGCCUCUCCGAAGGAUCGGUGGUGUCUGCAUGGUCCUAAAGCACACCAGGCCUAAUUUUGCAUCACAUUCCAAUGAUAAUACUGCCAUUGACAAAAAUUCAUUUUUUUCCCCAGUGAAAGUUGCGCACCUGCCCCACAUAUACAAUUAUCUGUAAGGUCCCUCAGUCAAGGAGUGAAUUUUAAGCACAGAUUCAACCACAAAGACCAGAUAAGUUUUCCAAUGCCUUGCAAAGAAGCACACCGAUUUGGUAAAAAUAAAAAAGCAGACCCUGAAUAUCCCUUUGCGCAUUGGUGAAGCUGUUAAUUAGGUUUUGGAUGGUGUAUCAAUAAACCCAGUCACUACAAAGAUACAGGCGUCCUUCCUGACUCAGUUGCCGAAGAGGAAGGAAACCGCUCAGGGAUUUUA